CCGGAGGAAGCGCCUACCCAGAGCGGGCAAGCGAAGGCAGGGCCGGGCAAGGCCGGGCCUGGAGCUCCUCCCCGUUUCAGUCAGCGGAGAGUUCCGCCUUUCCCUCCUCCCUUUCCCGGUUUGCCGCCGCCUGGCUGGGCCGCUCUUGUGGCGGCGGCGGCGGUGGCUCCUCCAGCGAGCAGCAUGGCGGCCGUGGAGGCCCGGGUGUGCGAGACGUCGGGCUGCAGCAGCGAGGCCAAGCUGCAGUGCCCCACCUGCAUCAAGCUGGGCAUCCAGGGCUCCUACUUCUGCUCGCAGGAAUGUUUUAAGGGAAGCUGGGCUACUCACAAGUUGCUACACAAGAAAGCAAAGGAUGAAAAAGCGAAGCGGGAGGUUUCUGCCUGGACUGUAGAUGGUGACAUUAACACAGAUCCCUGGGCUGGCUAUCGAUAUACUGGAAAACUUAGGCCACAUUAUCCACUGAUGCCAACAAGACCUGUGCCGAGUUACAUUCAAAGGCCGGAUUAUGCUGAUCACCCGCUAGGCAUGUCUGAAUCGGAGCAGGCUCUUAAAGGAACUUCUCAGAUAAAAAUUCUUUCUGCAGAAGAUACAGAAGCGAUGCGAAUAGUGUGUAGGCUUGCUAGAGAGGUAUUAGAUGUUGCUGCCAUGAUGGUAAAGCCAGGUGUAACUACUGAAGAAAUAGACCACGCUGUUCAUCUAGCUUGCAUUGCCAGAAAUUGCUAUCCUUCCCCGCUGAAUUAUUAUAAUUUUCCUAAGUCUUGCUGCACGUCAGUAAAUGAAGUGAUCUGCCAUGGAAUCCCAGACAGGCGACGCUUACAAGAGGGUGAUAUUGUUAAUGUGGACAUUACUGUUUAUCGUAAUGGUUAUCAUGGGGAUCUCAAUGAGACAUUUUACGUUGGGGAAGUUGACGAGGGUGCAAAGAGGCUAGUCCAGACAACAUACGAGUGCCUAAUGCAAUCCAUUGAUGCAGUGAAACCUGGUGUUCGAUAUAGAGAGCUGGGAAAUAUUAUACAGAAACAUGCUCAAGCCAAUGGAUUUUCCGUAGUUCGGAGCUACUGCGGGCAUGGGAUUCAUAAGCUUUUCCACACAGCUCCCAAUGUGCCACAUUAUGCCAAAAAUAAGGCUGUUGGUGUAAUGAAGCCUGGCCAUGCGUUUACAAUAGAACCAAUGAUCUGUGAAGGUGGGUGGCAAGAUGAGACCUGGCCUGAUGGCUGGACUGCUGUGACGCGAGACGGGAAGCGUUCUGCCCAGUUUGAACACACACUUCUGGUCACAGAUACUGGAUGUGACAUCCUAACCCGCCGGCUGGAUAGCAUUCGCCCUCACUUCAUGACUCAGUGCUAGUGUAGACCAAGCUGGGAGGCCUGAACCCAAGCAUCUCUUCUGCUGUGUACUAUGUGUUUCACUAAGAGUACAGGCUAAAAGGGGGGGAAUUUAUCACCUGUUUUUCUUCUUCUUGACUGUAGGUAGGAGAUGCAGCCUUGCAUUGAGAUGUUAAUGCCGUAGGCUUGAAAAGCAAAGAGGUUUUAGAGCCUCAGUCUCUGCUCUCCUGCCACCCCAACAUUGUUUGAACUUGUCUUUUUUCUUCUUCAAAUCAUUGUCCUUAUGGUACCUCAUUUCACCCCCUUAGCCGGGCUUCUGUCACUGCCGCCAUUCUCAGUAGCCCCACACAGCUUCUUUUCGUGGUGGAUGCAAGGAUUCAGAAACAAGCCUUUCUGUUUUUACAACACCUGAGAGUUUAAACUUUUUCUUGUUCCAAAGACAACCCUUCCUUAGCUGUUUAAAUGGACUGGGCUUUCAUCUGCGUAUAAUUCAGAGGUGGAAUUUUCUACUUGAAAAUGUUGAAUCAGAAUUUUGUUCUGUCUACCCCUCUUCCACCCUGUUGUUACUGUAUAUGGAAGUAUAAUAUCUGCCUGUUAAUUGAUGGGCCUGUUUCUCUUUGGCUGGCAAUUGCUACAGGUAGUUCUCUGUCUAAGGGGGCUGGGGAGGGACAAAAUUACUGAAAUGCUGCCCUGCGCAGGUUUUUUUUUUUACCAAAACACAGCCUCAAGACGGGUAGUGCUUGGCAGCCAAUGAUGUUCCAAGGUUCGCUUUGAAGCAGCUAGUUUUUAAUUUUAGAUAAGGAAUGCGAUUGAAAUGGGGAAGAGUUUCUGUUCUCCUGCGUGCAUUCUAAAAAAGGGCAUGUCCCAGAAGUCCAAGACCAAUCUCUUUAACAGCUUCUUUCUAAUCUGCAGUUAAUUUAUGUGCAUGUAACCAUGGCCAAGUGGUUGCCUGCCAUGCAGACCACUUGGUGCAUGGUUUCAGUUAAUGUUACAGAAAUCGUGACAUGCUACUUUGCAGGAGCUGGAUCAAUGGCUCUGUGUUUGGAUUGCUACUUCUGUUCUGGAUACUCCCAUUCUGGGAUGGCCAAAAAACCACCUCACUGGAUUGAAGGAGAGAUAUUUCACCAAGUAGUCAUAAGGAUUGGUCUAUAUCAAGUGUUCGACUUUGCCCCCCCCCCCCCCCCGUGCUAUCGGACUACAACUCACAUCAUUCUCUAAAUAAUAACAAUAGUAAUAAUAAUUCCCAACCACUUUAGCCAAUGGGGAGGGAUGAUGGGGAUCCAAGACUGAACACGGUGUCUACAGAAUAGAGAAAAAGUUGCUGAUCCUGUUUUUAUAUUGCAGUCUGACCACCUUUUCAUGGCUCUUUGUGGAAAUUGUGCGAUACUCCAGUUAGCCACUGCAAUUGUUUCACCAAAGCAAAUUGUUCUAAGCAAAGAUAAUGCACUCGAAAGAAGCAAAAAUUGGACAGCCCUUGAAAUUGCUUGUGUUCUUAGGCCAGGUACAGUACGGGCAAUUCUGGCAUAAUUUAUCCUCCCACUUUUUACAGCGGUAACUUUGUAAUACAGAUCUGGGAGAUACUACUACUGUUGUUGGGGAAGAUUUGUUUCAUUGGGCUUAGGCAGUUGCUGCUGAGGCUUCCAUUCCACAGAGAAAGGUGGUUUUUCAACCACAUUUUCUUGCCUAGUGCCCGCUCUAACCUUACAAUGUUGGGAGUUCAGUAAACUAGUGGAGAGAAAUCAGGUCAUAAAAUCAUGGGCACAACAUGCCACAUUUCUACUCUGGUGUCGGACAUCUUGUGAGAAGAAUUGCAAGGAGUUCUAAAAGCCCUCAGCAUCUUACCCAUGUCAACAGCACGUAACUCCAGUUCUUUAGACAGCUUAGGGCGGUUGUGACUAAACUCAACAAGAAAUUGAAAGAAAUCUUUCCCAGAGUGCCUCAGUUUUUUUUUUCUUCCUGAAAGUGUAUUGUUGGGACAAUGUUUUUCAUUCUGUAAUGUGUUUAAGAGGCGGUAAAGUGACUCAGAAAUGUUACAAGCACUUUCGUGCAUGUGCAGAGAUUUUAACAAAACAGGCUGCAAUAUAUCUUGAGUGGAGUUAACCAAUGUAUGCAAUACAUUUAAGGAGAUUAAAAGUCUGGAUGGUUGA